CGGCGGCGGCGAUGGGCGCACUGGAAGAUGCCUGUGAAGUAGUUUCGGAGUAAAAUGAUGGUGUCCAGCCAUUCGGUUUGCUCUUUGCUUGUAGAUCACUUGUUGUGAACUGGUGGUGUGGAAGAAGCUGAAUGAAUGGAACAGUCGGGGCAGAAGGGAAGUUUGCGUUUCAUGCUCUCCGCUGGCCACAGGACACAAACAACACAGUGCCUCUGAAGAGACCUGGAGUCAUCGAAGCUGUGUGUUCUAAGGGACUCUGAGCAUCUCUGAAGAGCGCGAUGAUGGAUAACCGGUUUGCUACAGCGCUGGUGAUCGCCUGUGUGCUCAGCCUCAUCUCCACCAUCUACAUGGCAGCCUCCAUUGGCACCGACUUCUGGUACGAGUACCACACCCUGUCCCCAGCGGAGAAUGUUAGUGAAGCUGGGAGAAGCAUCUGGGAGGAGUUUGUCAGCAAAGAUGCAGAUGAGAAGACGUACACAGAUGCGCUCUUUCGGUGCAACGGCACGGUUGGAUUGUGGCGGAGGUGCAUCACUGUACCCAAAAACUCUCACUGGUACAGCCCACCAGAAACUGAUAUGACUACAAACUGCAUCAGUUUUUCCCUCUCUGAUCAGUUUGUCGAGAAGUACGUAGAGCCUGGAAAUCACAACAGCGGCACGGAUUUGAAUCGGACUUAUCUCUGGCGAUUGCAGUUUCUCCUGCCCUUUGUCAGCAUCGGCCUCAUGUGCUUUGGGGCUCUGAUUGGGCUCUGUGCUUGUGCCUGUCGAAGCCUUUACCCGGCUAUUGCCACUGGAGUCCUGCAUUUCCUAGCAGGGCUGUGUACGCUGGGCCUCGUUGGCUGCUAUGUAGCUGGGAUUGAGCUGCUGCAUAGGAAGCUACCUCUGCCGGAGGAUGUGAAGGGUGAAUUCGGCUGGUCCUUCUGCCUCGCCUGUGUGUCAGCACCUUUGCAGUUCAUGGCAGCUGCUCUUUUCAUCUGGGCAGCUCGCACCAACAGGAAGGAAUUCACUCUCCUGAAAGCCUACCGUGUGGCAUAAGUGCUGCUACUGCAGUCUGGGCUUUCCAUGUUAGAGCCUCUUCUCCCCCAACCCUUACUACAUUUUUCUUUUAAUCAGAAUUUUAUCAUGUACUGCAUGCUUCUUGCCAGUCAAGACAAUUUAGCCUGAAGGCCCUGAAGACAAAGACCUCUGGGCUAAAUGACCAAAGCCUGCCAGAAGUCUGCAGAAUGUGAACAGGUUUUUUAAUUGGUUUUUUAAGAAUUGUUAUUAUUUUUUAAGCUACAUUUGGUUGUUGACAGUUCCCCUUAUGUGCCCCUUUGUGAUUUUAUUGCCCUGUCAGCCUGGAGGAAUUAGAAGUGGUGUGGUGGGGUGGAAGAGAGACAAGAAAAAGGUGCAGGUAUGCAAGAAUGGGAACCUCAGUGCACAAAUUAUACAUAAUCAAGAGCUGUCUGCUGUGUGACUGAAGCAGGCAGUACCUACAAGGAGCACCCAAGAGACAUGAGGGAAUUCAGAAACCUCUGUUAUGGAAAUACUGUAGCUAAAUCAGUCUGUAGCUCAGAUACGGGUCUCCUAUCACUAGUUUGCUGCAUUUUGUUGCAUCUGCCAGAACUGCUGGAGGCAGAGCAGGCAGCUGUGGUAGUGCCUGUACAGCACAGCCUCCCGAAGGCACGCUUUGCACUUGCUUCUGCCAAGGAGUGGGAUAAGAUGGUCCUCAUGAAGCUCUGUCCUGCUGUAGCUGCACUGCUUCCAGGACCCAGGCUGGUUUGGUAUCUGCACUAUGUGUGAGUGUGCACUCUAAUCUUAAUUUGUGGUGCUUUUGCUUGAUGUGGAAUAAGGCUUUCUUCUUCCUUGUUGAAAAUGACCUUCUCACAAGUUUUUUUUGUUUUAAUUUGGUUUAGUGUAUGUGUAUAUGCACAUAUAUAAACUUAACUUUUUUUAAACCUUACCUGUUUAUCCUAUAUAGCACACAACAGGGUUUUUUAAAAAGGUGCUGCUCUUUUCCCAUCUUGUUUAAAUUAAAUAAUAAUAGUAAUAAUAAACACUGAAAUUUUCAGCAUUGCAUUAAUCUGAUGGGAGGGUGAGGGAAUGGUCUAGAGUGGAUUUUACUUGGGGGAAGAAGAAACAGUGUCUAGAUCACUCUGUUUUCAUGGAAAUGUCACCAGAAACAAUGACAUUAGAUCAGAUUUUUAAAAUUAAAUACUUGAGCACCUGCUAACUUUAAAUUUUCUCCUGCUCAUCGAUGGUGGUCACAACAUUCCAUGAUUUCUAAUUAGCUCAAAAAUGUUACAUUUAUUCUAAAUUACUGCAACACUGGCCAGACUGGGUGACAUGUCAUGUCUAGAAAGCGAUGUUCCAAGACUGAACUGUUUCAUUCUGAGGCCUUAACUCACCUUGUUUCCUUAUUCCAGGCUUAAUAAAAGAAGAAUGGCUUAGGAGAAAUAAUUCCUGACAAAAAGAGUGAUGGCAAGGAUUCUGUGGGAUUUUGGUUGAUGAGAAUGACACAGGAAGAGGCAUUUUUAACUCGUGGCUGUUUUUCUGUUGUGCCUUUGUGGGGGUUUUUUCCCUAGUAGUUAUUUCUACGCAAGCUGUAUUUGCUGGGUCAGCAAACAACCCUAAUCAUGAUUUCCCUGAAGAUCAGGUAUAACUGCUUGUGUAAUUUAUUUUAUUUUUUUUCUCAGAUGUGUGAUAAGUUUCUUUUAUUAUCAUCAUUGGAGCCUUUACAAAGUAAAAACAAAGAUGAUGAUGAAAACCAGAAUCACUGAAAAAGCAAUGGCAAGCCAUUCAAGAUAAUCAUCCUUCUCCUGUUGAGUAAUUUUUUAUUUUUCUUCCUUAAAACAGUCUCUUCCCUUCCCUACAAUGUCUGGACCACUUAUAACCUCAUGAGAGGGGGUGUGGUGUUUUUGUGCAGUAUCUGUGAGUAAAUGAAAAUCUGUGCUGCCUGAUCUGUGCUGAUAGGUUGCUUUUUCAGAGUAAUUAUCUUGACUUAGGGUAGAUAAGGCAUAACUGCUUAGCUUAUGUUCCUUAUUUGCUAGAAUUACUAGGGCAAGCCUCAACUUGGGUCAAAAGGACUGAAGUUGUUAUUCUGCAGUUUGAGAGGAAACACUGCUGCUGAUUUUAUCUAGUUUAUGGGGGUUUUUUUUCUUUUUUUUCAGGAGCUGGCACAAUAAUUGUAUUGUGUGGUUUUAAUCUGAGCAGUGAAAAUCCUGUGCCCUCACUCUUUCCUCUUGUAUGGGACAGUUAUUUUUCUGAAGUGCAAAUCUCAGUUUUCAAACGUUGUCUUUUUUUGCUUCCAAAAGAAUUGUUAUAGGGAGAAAAGAGGAUGUUAGAGGUGCUAUCAGUUCUUUCUUCAUAAUUUUAAAUGCCAGCAAAACUAAGAUUGCCUGCUUGUGUCUGUGCCUGAGACAAAUGUUUCUGGUUUUCUCUGCCCAGAAAUGAAGAAAAGAAGCUUUAAUUCAUCCUUGAUUUGGACCAUUUUAACUAAAAUGAGGGUUACCUUUCAGAUUUGCUGGGGGUUAUUUUCUGUUUUACCCUUGUGUAAAGAUUUCUUCAUCAGAGUGGACCUUGGUGAGAGACAAAUGUCGCCCAGAAAGAGGGCUGGCCCUCUCUGUUGGAGGUGGUGGAUCUGUGUAUCGCUAUCUUGCUUUCUAACUGUGUUUUGCUCAAGGUGAGCAAAAGGGAGGAAGAAGAGUUCUUGGACUGCUGGCUCGGGUUCAAUAAAUGGCAUUGGAGGACAGAACAACAGAGGAAAUACUGAGGAUGGAGUAAAUCUGUAAAAGAGGUGAUUAAACACACUAACUAACAAAUAAUGAGAGACGCAGAGCAUGUGACAUGGGCUCUUCACACUGACAGAGCCUCAUGCUUUGUUCAGAGACUGCAUUCAAGAGGAACUUGAGGCAUGUGUGUAUGUGGUCACAUACUUGUGUGCAAAUGCAGACACCCUUGCUCCAAAAAGCAAGAAUUGCUUCAACUCAGGAGGAUAAAAGGCUGUAUUUGUAUUCCUCAGUCUUUUGUGGUCUGACCAUGGAAUAUGUUUGCUGAUACUAGUUCAGUGCUGAAGGUAGGGAUGGGGCAGAUACAGUCAGCUGAAAAUAGGUGAAAAAAGGGGCUAUUGUUUGUCUUCAUGCCCAGGGAAAAUGGCUCACACCUCUAACUCACACUGUUGUAGGGGCUGGUGAAAGUGAAUAGGAUGGAUAUCGAAGGAAAAGGGGAAACAAGAGGAGGAAUCUGGAAUGAGCGUAAGAACUGAGGGCUCUUGGCACUACAUGGGAGCAAGCUCCCAGGACUCCAGCAUGAACUCUCCAUGUGGUAUUGCAUAGCCAGGAUAGCAAAGGCCAGCUGCUACUCCUGCACCACUUACAACUCUGUCACAGUGGUGACUUAAGGGGGUGAAUAGUCCCUUGUGCUUAUGAGAAACUCUUAAAGGUUCUGUCCCCCAAAUCUGAGCUCAGCAAGCUGCAUUUCAAACAUGCCACUGUAUGACGUUGUUUCUUUCUCACAGGCUUGGAUUUGUUCUUCUGUCGAGUCUCUGAAACCUCUGGGAAAGCAAGACUAGCAGAAAGUUUCACGGAUCAAUAAAGUUUUUAGUCUAGGUAGCAACCUCUUUUUUUUUUUUCUUAAAAUGGAUGUUUUUCCCAUGCUCUCCCCAUGCUCCAGCAGUUCUGAGAAUGGACUGAUCAAUGAAGGUGCAAAGAGGGGAUUUAUUACUGUGUCUGUAAGGACAGCUCCUGCUGGUAUUAGAGAUGGCCGAAAUUAGAAUAGUCAAUCCCAUUUCCUUACUUUAAUAAAAAAGUAAGGAAAUAAAAUGCAGUAUAGAGCAGACACAAAAUACUGGUUUGUUGUGUAAAGACUAUGCACUGAAUAGGGGCCUGUUUUGCUGGCAGCAUUGUCUUCUUCGUAACCAUUGCUUUUGCCCUCUAAAUGGUAUAUGGAUUUCAUGGACCACACACAAAAGUAAUGAUAUAUUUUGGGUGCAAGUGGCAGGAGAGUCCAGGAUGACCCAAGAGGCCCUUCUAAAUCUUGUCAUGCCAGAAACUGUCUUGAUCUGUUUUUCCUUGUGGAUCAUGCUGGCCUAAUGAUCCUUUCCUCAAAGAGGUCUGUUUGAGUCUUUUUGCUAUGGUGAUAAUGAAUGCAUCCUCUCUCCUCAUCUAAAAUGCUCUGAAGUAUUUUUUUGAGAAAGGUGUUUGGAUUUUGGUUAGGUUGUUUUGUUUUGUUCCAAUUUUUGCCAUGCAGGACUGGCGCCAAGUUAUGUACUAGCCUGCAGUCAGUCUCUUGUAGUGUUGUUCUGUGAUUCAAGGGAAUGACUUCUGAAAAGCUCUUUCCCACUUUCUAGCAUUGUUUGUACUCAGCCAGCACCUGUUAUUCAAAGGAAAAUUCUGAAAUGUCAGCAGCUUAUCAUUGCAUCUCAGACUGACUAUCCACCUCUAUUUGUGUGUAUUUCUUGCUUGAGGGGAUUGUGUGUCUCCACUGAGAGGAUAACAUCUUGAAGCUGUGCUUUUUUUCUCAUUUCCUCAGGAACAGCUAGAGUUUGUGCUGUAGAACUUUAUAAACUGGUUUUGAAUAGGAAAGGACCUAAAGUUUGCAUGCUUCUCUCAACUUUCCUAUUGCUGUAGAAUAUCGCCCUGUGUUUUUAAACUAUGGCUUUACAGAGUGCCAGAUGAACCCUUUGUUCAGGUGAUAGUUCAGAUGUAUAGCAGUGGAAGAGUGGAUCCUCCAUAACUGGAAGAUUGCAUAGGUAUCUUGGAUAAUGGCAAUAACAGCCAUAUGCAAAAUUGUCUGCAAGCACUUGUCUGCCUUCUGAUACAUGCCAAGCCUUUGUACAAACCACUGAGCACUGAAAAAAAACCUGAAAGUAAUCACAUAUUCCACUCCUUUGUCUCCUCCUUCCUUCUAAAUUUACCCCUUUUAAAAAUAGCCACAGGGACAGUGUGUUAUUUAUUCCUCAGGUUAGAGCCAUGAGUGUCAGAUGUCUCUGCUCCGUGGUUUCUGUGUACAGACAAGGGUAAAGAAAAUGGCUGAGUUUUGUAGGGGAUCCAAGCAUCUCUUUUGCAUUAGGUUUCCUGAGGUGAAGAUUGGAAAUCUUGAAGAAAACUAGAAUGUUUUGUUUAACGGGAAUUGUUAUUUAAUCAGAAUCCUCUUUCAAAAAAGUUAGGGAUUUUUUUUAACAAUUUUUCCCCACCUUUCUCACAUCUUUCAUGUGCCUCUUUUAAAGUCUCUCUUACAUUUAAGUGUUCUAGAAUAUUAUAUUUUUCUACAUCUUCCUGUCCCUGAAAGCUCAGCUGUGGGGAGUUGUAUUGGCUGUGUUAGUAUUGACUGUCCUUGGCUCCAUGUCAAGCGAGUGUGAUGAGAGCCUGUCCCAGCAGUGUCCAACCACCAUGUGCCAUCAGUAUUUGUACUCUUGGACUGAGCUACAGAGUCAGCACUGCAGUGAAUUUUGGGCUUUUUUCAUCCUCUGAGGCCAAGUACAGCUUGCACCUUUAGGUGAUUUAAUUUUUUGGGAAAUUGCUCUGCAGAGCUACUGGUGACACUGUUGGCUAAGUGACCGUGACAAUCAAUACUUUUUUACAUUAAAUGGGUUCCAUGUGACUUCCCUGAGAACCUUUCUUAUUUUCAGAGGAUUGGCCUGUGACAAACAUAUAAGAGCACCAAAGGUGGCCACCUGAAGUGUUUUCCUUUGUGUUGACUUCAUCGUUGAUUGAAUCUACCAGUUGAUCACCAAGUUGCUGGGUUUUGGAGCACUGGCUGGGUGGCAGCUGGAGUAUGCUGGACUGGCAGUGCAGAGUGAGUGCUAAUAUUCUGUGGUGCCUCAGCUCUGCCAGAGCCUUCCUGCAUGCUGGUGAUUUAGAUAGCAGAUGCUGGAGAACUAGUUUCACAGCCUUUUCCAAAUCCUUCCUGGGUCUCAGCCCCAGUGACUUUACUCAAGUCAUUUCUCCAGCCCUCAUGAAAUUGCUUUGAUUAAGAAAGAGGUGGAGUUCUUGCCCACAAAUCACAUCUGCUUCCUGAAUGCCUUCUGGGGUUUUAGCAGUGGUUUCUUUUGCAGAUUCCUUUUAUCUUGUGCUGAAGUGACCCAUUCAACCAGCUAACCUUGAUUUCCAUUUUGAUGUUUACUUCCACACAAAACAACAGCAGAAGUGGUGGAGAGUCAUGGUGUCUGCUCAGUGCUGGGACUACUCAGGUUCACUAAAGGUCUUGGAAUUCUGAGAAGUGGUUACCCAUCCACAGAUAAUGACAGUAACACAAUGCUGCUGGCAGAGGCACCCUAGUGUCCCAGUGCAAACCUGGGAGGUGAGGCAGGAGAAGCUGCUGAACUGGCUCAGGCUGCAGUGGGAAAUGAGCAGUCCUGGAAAGUGUGUCCCAGCUUGUGGAGCAGCUUCACCAUUCUGCUUGAGCCACCACAGACCUCCCCAGGAAUAGCACUGGGACAGCUGUAUGAGUGGGGUGAGGGAUGGACAGCAUGGACCAUGCUCUGGGAUUUCCCCUGUGCACUUACUGGGGGUUGAAGGGGAGACGAGCAGCCAGGGCUGUCCUCUGCUGGGAGCACAAGGAAGUGUGCACCAUUGUGUGGAGACGAAGCCAAACCUGUUUUGCAGCAGAUAAGUGUGCUUUACCUUCAGCCGCCUUAGUGAGCUGACAGGAGUGGCAUCAUUCAGGUGGCAAACUUGUUACUCCCCUUCUGUGUCUCCUUGCUUCCUUCUCCCAGCUCCUGAGUGUCCACUCACUGAUUCUCCCCUCCCUUGUUCUUUCACCAUAAUAAAUUAACUAACUACUCACUUCAGAGGCACUUUGGGCCAUCCUUGGAGGACCUUAAAUCUGUCCAAAUCCCCAUUCCACACCCAACUGGAAGUGGAUGCAUCUGGAAGCCUAAAACCAGCUAAUUGGAAAUGUGAGGCAGUGGGACAUGUUAGGGCAGGCAACUACAGGCACUGGCACUCAAUUUAAUAUGACCUGGAUGCUGUUAGCUCUACUCUGCCAGGUGCUCAGUUUAUAGUUUAAACUCUGCAUUUAGUGUUUACAUAAUGAGAAAUAAGAGCUUAAUUUGCAGUAGAAGAUUUUCGCUGUAUAGUCUAUGCUCUCUGCUUCUGUUAUGCUCCCUGCCCUGGGUCAUCUUCACCCCAGGAGAUGCCAGCAGGCAGUUGAUAGCAUCUUGAUCCAUGGACAUUGUUGGUGUUCAACAGACUGUCAGAGAAACAGAGAUCAACUGAUGGAGCACUAGAGAAAAUUGCCAUAGUGGUGUCAUACACAAUGCAAAGAUUCUGGUCUACAGAUAAAGACAGUAGGGAGUUUUUUCCCCCAUUUUUCAGUGACUGUAUCAUAUGUUUAGUUUGGGUUUUUCCUCUAUUGCAGGUAAUUUUUAGAUUCCCUGGUAGAAUGUCUAGAAAUUAUAGGAGUCACCUUUGUCUUCUCAUUGGAAAGAAAUAUUUUCAACAAAGAUGUCACAGGAUUUCAAACUCUCCAACUUAAUGAAAAAUUAUGAGGGUAAGCUGAAGCAGUAAGAAGUGGACUAAGAAAGUCACUGAAAAUGAAGAUCCAGAAAGGUUGAAUUUCAGACAAAGAUGGUGUUUUCUGUAGGUUCCCUAUUCUGGGGCAUAGUAAAUUGGGAUAUGUGUAAAAGAUGCAGGAAAUAAUUGUUCUUCACUUGACAACGUUCAGCAUUAACUGUUAUUGUGUCUUGAAGCUGUAAAUAGCUGAAGGUAUCCUAAAAGAAGUGAACAGCACCUCUAGAGCUUUUAUAAACCAUAACCUACAAGCUGGGGAAGGAAGGACUUUUUGGGUGGGACAAGUGACAUUUUUUACAAAGGAAAUUAAUACAGACAAUUGCUAGUAGUUGUCCACAUCCACCGGUGAGAGGACAGGAGGCAACCAGUCUAUAGUAGAGGAGCACUAAGCUGAUGGACAGAAAAAAAAAAAAUCUCAGUCCUGACGUGCUUGGUUCUGGGUGGAUGAUUCUUUGUUCUUUCAGCCCUACAUUGUUCUCAUCCAAGCCAUCUUCAAGAAACUGCAUCAUCUACCCAAGAGCUCAUCUACUGAGUGUUAGAGAGAAAGGCACUAUUUCUGUGUGACUUUCUUUAUUCUGUCACAGAAUUAUUUGUGAAAUACAAAUCCCAAAACCACUAAUUGAA